AUGCUGAGGGCGCAGCUACGUCUCCGACCACCCGAAGCCGCCACAAUCCACCACCCACCACUGCCCCACCUCUGCCAUCACCACUGGCCGGAUGUCAGAGCAAUGGUCCACCCCAGUCCCAACACCGAAGGAAAGGGGAAGAAGGAUGGAAGCGCAGCGGAGGUUCGACAGUCCGACACCUUCGCCGCCGAACAACCGAGGCACCAUCCACCCGACCGAAUCUGCCACAAUCCUCCGCCCACCACAGCCCCGCCUCUGCCAUCACCAGGCAGCCGGGGGACGACCACCGAUUCAAGCUCAAUUGCCGCAGAGAGAGAAAGUUAA